UUGUGAGAAACAGAAACAGCGCAAGUUAGCAAAGCAAUGGGGUUGAUAUCUCAUCAUUCUUCUACCUUCCUCCUCCCAAAUCUUCCCACCGACAACGGACCUUCUCUAACGUACGCACUUGUCAUCCUUAACCAACGCCUCCCUCGUUGCACUCCUCUGCUUUGGAAACACGCACAGGUUCAUAUUUGUGCUGAUGGUGGUGCAAAUAGGGUGUUUGAUGAAUUGCCUGGUUUCUUUCCUCAUGAGGAGCCUUCUGAUAUUCGUAAAAGGUACAAGCCAUAUGCUAUAAAAGGAGACAUGGAUUCAAUCAGAACUGAAGUUCUUGAAUAUUAUAGAGGCCUGGGGACCAAGAUAAUUGAUGAAUCUCAGGAUCAAGAUACUACAGAUCUUCAUAAAUGCGUUGCAUAUAUUCGCGACUUACUAAACCCGGAACAUCCAAAUUUAUGUAUCCUAGUCACUGGAGCACUUGGUGGAAGGUUUGACCAUGAGAUGGGAAAUAUUAAUGUCAUAUGUCGUUUCCCGUCCAUGCGGAUCAUUCUUCUCUCUGAUGAUUGCCUUAUCCAACUUCUUCCGAGUACACAUCAUCACGAAAUUCUAAUACAGUCCUCAGUUGAGGGCCCACACUGCGGACUUAUACCCAUUGGAAUGGGUGCCGGAAGCACCACUACUACAGGUCUCAAAUGGAAUCUGGAUAAUACAGAAAUGAGAUUUGGUGGUUUAGUCAGUACAUCAAAUAUUGUCAAAGAGGACAUAGUAACGGUGCAGUCUGAUUCUGACCUCCUAUGGACAAUUUCAAUCAAAAAAGAAUGAAGGAUGCAGCUUGCAGAUGUCAAAGAUGAGCCAUUCUGCGGAAGUUUAAUGAAUAGUGGACACUGACCUCCAUUUUCUGUUCAAUUCUUUCAGAUAAAGAUGUUUACCAGAGAGUUUGAGAAAUGCUGGGGUGGUUCUCUCCAGUCCGAUUGUGUGGUGGCACACAGCAGAUUUCUUUGGCAUCAAGUGCCUGUAUUGCAGUAGAGUCUUGGGAAACAAACAACACGGGUUCUAAGAGUAAUAGCAGUCGUAGCAGAUAAAUUUUGAUCGUCAACUGCUUAUGUGCUUGAUUCGUUAGACGCAUUUGGUAGCUGUUUCCUAUUGUUUUGUAUACAUUAUUCUUUUGCCAUAAUGAAAUAUGAAGGAGAUCUACUUAUUCUUCUUCUGCUUA